AUGUCUUCAGUAGGCGAAGAGCUGCCCACGGUAACGUCAGAGGACUUUGGGUUCAAGCCAUUGGGUGAAGUCCCAAUUUUGCCUGGUUAUAAUGAGAAGGUUCCUUUCUCUAAGCUACAAAAUUUCGCGAUCUCCACUUCCAAAGGGCUCUUUGUGGCAGCCAAUCAGACGACUGUGGCAGUGGGUAAACUUGAAGAUUUGCGAAACCGGGUUUUAAGCCAAGAAGCCGAGCCGCAACCGCUAAAGUUUGUCGCUGAGAAAAAGCUCGAAAACGUCGUGCUUGUUGGUUUCUACGGGGCACACGAAGAAAAUAUUUUGAGUAUAACUAGAGAUGGCCACUUCUUCACAUUUUGUGCUGGGAAAGACGAAUGGAUCCGUCUGCCGCUUGAUCCAAAGUUUUCUGCGGGUGAGAGAAUUAGGGCAGCAAAAAUAAUUGCCGGUACUGAGGAGUUCGUGCUCGUUCAAUCGACAAAUAACCAACUACGUAUAGCGUCUCUGAACGGAGAAACAAAAUUGCUGGUGGAAGGUGUGGUUGAUUUCGAUACGAGCGCAGAGCAAUGGGUUGUAUUGAAGUCCAACGGGAGGAUGGAAAUUCGCGAAGGUGCCAAACAGGAUCCUCUGAAAACCUUCACCUUACCCGCAGAAAUCCAAGAUGAGGUACAGAGUGAGUACCAACCGCUCUCCAUCAUGAUUUUGUCCUGUCAGAGGUAUUUAAUUGCCCUUGGAAAUCCAGUCCACGCAGAUGAUGAAGAUGUAAUGUACGAACAAAACAUGUAUGUCGUACAGGAAGGUGCCGAUGAAAACUGGGAGUUUCACCAAAGUUUUGAUAUUGCACCAGCGUUUGGCAGUGUCCUCAGAGAUCCCACAUAUUAUCAUUCUACCCUAUACGAAAUGAUGCCAUCGUAUCCCCAUAUUUAUGUGAUUGGAUCUGCGACGUCUUCGGAAAUUACAAUCCUCGAUGAUGCGAGUGUGCUUCAGCCAAGCCAAGAUAGUGACCGAGCUGUUUUGCCAAUCAAUCAGGACACCGACAAUGACACAAACCCUAUUGGCCUUGCCGUUGACACAACACCUGGCGUACAAAUCCUGGAACCUUGCCAGGGCGUGGAUGUUGCGUCUGACCUACCGCUAUUCUAUAUUUUCAACAACGAGGGAAACCUAACCACGUUUGCUCUAUUCAAUAGUUAUGGAAUCAAAAACAAUCAGUUUUCAACCGUUAAGACCCGAGAAAGAUUGGGAACGAAACGACGCAUUGGCAUGGAACAACUGGCAGCUGGAAGCGCUGAUAAUAACUCGAAAGAAAGAGAGAGCACUCUCACUGAGGAGAUGAACGACGACGAAGCGAACGAAGAUGAAAAGAAAUCGCCACCUACCGGAGUAAUUGAGAACCCAAUAACUUUUGGAGCCAACUUAGCAUCAGAUACCACCGAAAAAUCUGGAUUUGGCCAAAGUACAUUCGGGAAGCCACAUUUUGGAACCAAUAACUUUGGUUUCGGCCAGAGCACUACAAAGGACGGACCCUUUGGUUCCGCUUCCACCAACGAAAAUAAUUCGCAGGAUGAAAAUAAAGGAGCAGGGGUUGCACUGGGAUUUGGCAGUACUCAAAGUUUCGACAAAAAAGCGGGUUUUGGUUUUGGUAGCACAUCCGGGAAGACAAAGCCCGCUUUCGGAUCAAGUGCUUUUUCAUUUACAACAGGAGAAAAUGCUACAUCGAAUGAUUCAACUGCCAACACUUCCUCUGCUUUUGGCCAACCAUCUUUUGGAAAACCUAACUUUAGCGCCUCUCAAAAUAAAUCUAGUCCAUUUGGCUUCAACAAUGGUUUGCAUAGUGAAAAAGCACCCGGAUCAAGUGCAUUUGGAAAGCCAGCCUUCUCAGCACAGGCCUUUGGAACUCCACAAUUUGGCACAACAAGUUUUAGCGCAGUGGGGGAAGACACCAGGUUUCAGAAGAAUGAAGGCUCUCAGAAGAAUGAAGGCUCUCAGAAGAAUGAAGGCUCUCAGAAGAAUGAAGGCUCUCAGAAGAGUGCUUUCACUCCUUUUGCAAGUUCAGAGUCUCCCUUUGCAAAGCUCAAAGAUGGACCUUCACCGUUCAAGAAUGUGCCAUCUUUUGCUAGCCAGAGUUCCUCAAAUACAACCGCAACGGCCCCUUUCGGGGCCCAAGGCUGGUUAGGAGGCGAAUCGUCAAACGCCACCACAUCCCCAUUUUCCUCCUUGAAGGAUAAGAUGAAUGAGCACAAGCCAGCCGAUAAUCCAUUUUCUCAAUUCCAAACUAGCGCAGUAUUUGGGGCCAACUCAGAGAUCACGAAUAGUGAGAAGGUUGAGCAAUACUCUAGCGAUCAUGAACGAGAAAGCGAAAGUCUAACAGGGUCAACCAACGCAACUGAAAGUGAAAGCAAUGACACAACUCAAGCCAAUGAAAGUGAUAGAUUUUCAGAGGAAUCUAAUAGCGAUAGCUCCUCACCGCCUUACGACGAAGAAGAACGCGACUCAACCGAAAGUUUGAGCGAGGAUAAUCGCGAUUUGGAAAUUGCUACGACUAAUUCUGAAAACACAGGCGAGAAAGAGAAGCCAGCUGAAGCCGAUUUGAAGAAGUCAGAUUUUAGCUCAUUAACAGAGAGAAUCAAGCGGGUUGCAAAUAUAUCCGCCGAGAAUAUCCCGGAUUCGUUAUCUAAUACGCCAUCUCCCAAGCCCGAAGAGUCCGGGAGCACUGCUUUUGCGAAGUACUCAAACAACUUGAGUAGUGGUUCUUCUCCAUUUUCUUUUGCUACUUUGGCAAAGAAGCGAGGUACUGCAACUCAAGAUACUGGAACUGAAGAUAACUUCGAAAACAAAAAUUCUAAUGACCAAUUGAAAGGCGAGGGAGAGUCUGCUGCAUUGGAGUACGUGACGACUAAAGAUGUGAAACCUGAGAUGAACUCCCCUUACCCAAUAUCCUUGGAAGAGGAAAACAAGCUAGAACAACAGCUGUCCUCCGAAACAAGUGGCCCUCCAGUAAUGCAAGGUCAUGGUGAAGUAGCUGAGGCGAACAAAUUUGACGAACAGCAGGAACCCGUAAGCGACGCAACGGAAAGAAAAGAAAAUUCAGCUCAUGACAACGAAAAUGGAACGAAAGAGAAUUCAGUUCAAGAAAAGGAAAAUGCUGAUUUUACUCUACAUACUGCCAACGAAGACCCGGAAACACAUUCUAGUGAGGAAUCUCCGAUACACGUCCCCGAGGGAGGUCUUUUGGCCAGAAAAUCGAGAAGUAGUACAGAAAACGAGUCGUUUGAUGAAUUUGAUGAUUUGAAGGAGGAACUAGAUCAAAUAAAGGCAUCCAAGGAGAAGAGCAUUCACAAAUCAUUCGAAGGCAGGGACACAGAAGGGCAAGGCCUGAAUACGAGCAGUCAAACCAUUCCAAUUGAAACUCUGAGUACUGGUACUCAAGCGUGUUCAUUGACAGGGGACGCUGCCACCGAGACCAUUCCAACUGAAACUAGAGAUUUUGAAAUGCAAAGUUUCGAGAAUGAUGAACUAUACCAAGCACAAGAGUUUAAGCCUAGGAUUAUAGAAAAGUUCUACACUGGGGCCGCAGCGAUGGCAAAAUGUUCAAAACAUGCAAAUGAGACUCUGAAUCGAAUCGAAAGCACUGUUAAUGUCGUAUCAUCCGAGAUAGAGGUUCUCACAGUUAACUUGAAAAACCUCGAGUCUUUUAUCAAAGACCAAAGUACCAAACCCUUCGAAAGAACCAAACGCACUCUACCUCAGUCAUAUACAUGGCGGUUGGAGGAGGCUGAGGUUUUGAAUGCCAUUGUCGAUCAAACGUUCACAGAGGUAAAGCCAGUUUUUAAAGUAGCAUCGUCUCUUUCAAAUGAUGUUGCUGCGCUUGUCAAAGGUUCUUUGGCCACCUUAGAGGAAUGCCGAUUCGCGUCAAGAUUUCACUACGAUCAACUAGAAAAGUCUCUACAUGAGAAAAAGGUGAUAGACGGCGGGCUAAAUCUAAGGCAAACUCAAAUGCAGCAUAAUUUACGGGGUAAGCUCUCAAGUGCUUAUGAUCGGAUUAAAACGAUAGAGCAAGUAUUACGGAUAUUGAAGAUUCAUUUGUCGAAAGAAGACCUUCGCAGGGUCCCUUUGAUCUCCAAAAUUAUGGAUGAAAGCACACAGAGAGGCGACUUACUCGAAGCUAUCAAGUCACUACGGAAUGAGGUAGCAGAGCUCAAGAUCAGGGAUCGCGAGGUCGGGAGUGUUUCUCAGGUCGAACGUACAGUCGAGGCAGCCCCUAUUAGUGAACUGAACUUGAAACUAGACACCAAGAGGCAAAUUGGACAAGUUUUACUUAACAGAAGCAUUUAG